UCCCUUUAGGAGGUUCACGCGAGUGCCUGUCUCCCUUCUCUCUCUCCCUCACUCACUCUCUCUCUCUUCCCCUCGCUUUCCCCUCACCUGCUCCUCCUCCUCCUCCUCCUCCUCUUGUGUCCACCUCGCUGAAGUUAUAUAAAGAGUGAAGAAAAUCAAAGUUCGUUGCUGUUAUUGUUGUUGUUAUCGUUGUUCUUGUUCUUCUUUUGAACGGGUGGUGAUGGUGCUGGUCCAAGAAGGAGGAAGAAGAAGAAGAGGAAGAAGGGUGUGAAGAAGAUAGGAGGAGGAAGGAAGAGGAGAUAAGGGAGAAGAAGUAGAAGAGAGCCAAGAACAAAGUAGAAAGAAGAAGAAGAAGAAGAGGAAGAAGAAGAAGAAGAAGAAGAAGAAGAAGAAGAAGAAGAAGGGGAAGAAGAAGAAGGGGAAGAAAAUGCAGCACUACAAAGAUGCAUUCAUAGACCUAAUGGGCGGGUCAAUGGGAGGCGCAGCGUGUGUGUACGUGGGUCAGCCCCUGGACACGGUUAAGGUCAAGAUGCAGACCUUUCCGGCCCAGUACCAAGGCAUGGUGGACUGCUUCACCCGCACCCUCUCCCGGGAUGGCCUACGGGGGCUAUACGCUGGCACUGUCCCGGCUCUCGCUGCCAACAUCGCCGAGAACUCCGUGCUUUUCGCCUGCUAUGGGGUGUGCCAGAAGGGUGUGGCCUGGGCGCUGGGGAGGCCGCGCGUGGAAGACCUGUCUCCGCUAAGCAACGCAACGGCUGGGUUCUUUGCUGCGUUCUUCUCCUCCCUGACGCUGUGCCCGACGGAGCUUGUCAAAUGCAGACUGCAGGCCAUGCGGGAAGUGGCCCUGGUGGAGAAGAGGGAGCCGGAGCGCAUCGGGCCGUGGCGUCUGACCCAGCGGAUCCUGGCAUCGGAGGGCCCCGCGGGUCUAUUCCGGGGCCUGACCUCCACCUUCGCCAGGGAGAUGCCCGGGUAUUUCUUCUUCUUUGGGGGGUACGAGGCAGCGCGGGCUCUCCUCACCCCCCCCGGCAAGACCAAGGACGAGAUCGGGUUCGCGCGCACACUGUUCUGCGGCGGCAUAGCGGGGGUGGUGCUGUGGGUUGCCAUCUUCCCGGCGGAUGUGGUCAAGUCCCGCAUACAGGUGGCCGGCUCCAAGGCGUCCAUGACCAGCGUGAUGAUGGGGGUUGUGCGCCAGGAAGGUGUGCUCGCCCUAUACAACGGCCUGGGUCCCACCGUCCUGCGCACCUUCCCUGCCACAGGCGCCCUCUUCGUGGCCUACGAGGGCACCAAGAAGGGUCUGCACGCACUCAUGGACUAGCCCCGAGAAGUGGGUGUUGGGGGGGAAGGGAGGGGGGGGCGGUA